AACCCGAAGGCAGCGAGUUAUGUCCGUUGUCGCUACCCUUACACGUUCCGUCUCGGUUGUCUGGUAAAGAAUCAGAAGAUGGCUGAAGCUCCCCUACGGCCCUGUCGUUUUUUUUGUCACCAAUGUUCAGCAGAGAUCAACCCUCGUCUCCCGGACUACACCUGUCCACAGUGUGAAUCUGGCUUCAUUGAAGAGCUAUCAGAGGAAAGAAGCACUGAAAAUGAGUCCACAUCCAUUGCCUCCACUAGCGAUCAGAACCGUCCGACUUUCGAGAUUAUGGACCACCAGCACAUGUUUACAUUUCCGCCCGGAUACGGACAGUUUUCUCUGGGGAUCUUUGAUGAGAAUUUUGACCUCCGAGCGGGGAUGCCGACGGAAGACAACCGCGAAACGGAGAACCGGCGGGAACGGGAGAUGGCAUCACGGCAACGGUACAGUGCCCGGCAACCACGGGGACGACACAUCCCACGGCGACAGGGACAGAGACACGAGGGAGUACCCACUUUAGAGGGAAUCAUCCAGCAGCUAGUAAAUGGAAUCAUAGCACCCACAGCCAUGGCUCCAAACAUUGGGAUGGGACCAUGGGGCAUGCUACACUCAAAUCCAAUGGACUAUGCUUGGGGUGCCAAUGGACUUGAUGCUAUCAUUACCCAGUUAUUGAAUCAGUUUGAGAACACGGGUCCUCCUCCUGCUGACAGAGAGAGGAUAAAGACCCUGCCCACCAUCCAGAUCACAGAGGAACAUGUGGGUUCCAGUUUAGAAUGUCCUGUGUGCAAAGAAGACUACAGUGUCGGGGAGACUGUCAGGCAACUUCCGUGCAAUCACCUGUUUCACAAUGACUGUAUAGUACCAUGGCUGGAACAACACGACACAUGUCCAGUGUGCAGAAAGAGUCUCAGUGGACAGAACACAGCUACAGACCCCCCGGGACUAUCAGGAAUGAACUUCUCCCCUUCCUCCUCCUCUUCAUCCUCCUCCAACUCCCCCAGUAACGAGAACGCUGCCAACAACUCCUAGACCUCCAUCACCAUCAAACCUCAAAAUAACACCUCCUGCAACAACCAACACCUCAUCCCCACCCCAGGCAGACCCCCACUCUACCACUGGCUCAGGAGGGCCACCUCUCUCAGUGCUCUGCUAGGCCCUCUGGGAGAAGCUGCUGGGGAGAUGACUCUACUCUGGAGGCGAAACAAUAAACCGGUUCAGGGAACACAACUGAAAACCGGAAAAUAAAGAAAUUAUUUAAGGAACAGAACCCGAAUCGAAAAUGAAACUGAUCUAUACAGUUCCAGAACAGAACCGUUAUUUUAAAAGGAUGGGAACCGGUUAAUAACGCUCUUUCACAUUCCAGGCAUUUUUUUCCAAUCCCACAAAAAUUGCAACAAAGCGCCAAUACAAAGCCCUCACGUCUGCCUGCCAGCUGGAAAUCUUUGCUAGUGCGUGUGUGUGUAGUGUGUAGGCCACCUGCCCCUCCCCUCUGAAGCAUAGGUUACUGUAUCCUACUGACGACGUAACAAAAUUCACUGCUAGUGAAGGAUACUAUAGUUAUUCACGUUGGUUUUAUUAACUACAAAAAGAAAAUAUGUGUUUUUAAUUAUAAUGCUGCUCUGUACACACAAGCUUGUUAGCUAGCGAGCUAACGUUUGCUCUGUUCAACCAACUCUGAGGUUCAAAGACAUUGAAGGUUCCUCCAUAGAAGCCGCUCCUCCGUAGGUAUAAUUCUGUGGGCCUAAUUCAGAUAAUCCAUGUCAUAACAAGUUGCCCAGCAUUUCAAGGCAAGCUUCCUCCAUCCUCGCUCUCUCUUCACCCUCAAAAUGUCAGUUGCAUCUCACACCCUACACUGUUACUGGCAGCUCAGUGUGUAUGUUUGUCUUUAAUUAUGAUUAAACCAUGCUGUUAUGACGAAAUACAAUUUGCUCUUAACGACCUUCCCGUACAAAUUAAAUCGGUAACCCGCUCCACAGCAAGCUGCUGUAUCCACACUGAUUAGUAAUUUAAUGUUGAGCAAAUUAUAAAUAUAUAUUUAAGAUGCUUAAAAAGAAACAGAAAGGAACGAUAUAAACCAGUACUGUUUUGGUGUUUCAACCGUUUUAGAACUCUUCAGAAUGAAAAAAAUAAUGGUUCUGUUCAGAACGAAACAAUUGAAAAAUAAUGUUGGUUCCAAACCCUGCAAUAAAAACAAAGCGUUUAUUUUACCCCCCUUUUUAUUGUGAACUUUGAACACAAAUCAUUCCUCCCCAUGAGUGUGUGAACUGGAGUGGACACUGGCACUGUUCCUGUUACGAUGCUUAUGUUAAGGGAAGGAGUGAAGACUCAAAUGAAACUGGAGGAAGAGGAUGAUGAGCACAGGCUGAGGUAUAAUAGUAUCCACAGAAGAACUGAGAGUGCGCUUGAUUUGACGCUUGAUUUGAACGCUUGAUUUGACUUCCUGCCACAAGAUGGGGAAACAUUUUAUAUUUAAAAGGGAUUUUUUUUUUUUUUUACAAUUAACUGUGGUGUUACAAACUUCCAUGCCGAAGGAGAGAGAGAUGUGUACAUAGAGGUAUUCAUAUUAAGAACAUAAACAAGCAGGUCAACCACUGUACAGCCAACUGAACUGAGUGAUAUGCAUCUGAUUUUAGGAUUAUUUAUUUGCACUUUUUGUUUUGCGCAACAUUUUGUUUGGUUUCAAGAAUGUGACUUUUGGGAAAUUACUACUGAGAAAAAAUAGUAUUGCAUCGCUGAACAGUAAUUUUAAGGCUCAUAUUGUGAUUCUCACAUUAGUCUCAAUUUAUCUGCAUUUUUCAAAAGUUUUGGUAUUCUCUAAUUUCUUGUAGGCUAUCUAUCAAUUGACAAGAUUAUCUUACUAUGUCUUUCUAAAAUGGAAAGCAAGUUCUCACUACUGUAUGUUUCCUCCUUGAAUAUCCCAUACAAUGAAUUUCAGUUCAAUGCAUUUUAACCUGUUCUAAGUUGUUGGGGUAAAGGCAUAAUAAAAUAUCAAAACUGGACUAUACUGCAGUUUUGAUCAUAGCA